AUGCCCCUCGUUCUCCCGGUGCUGCGCAGAUGGUGGACAACUAUGGGACCAUGUGGCCCUCCUGUGGUGGUGUCACUCAACCUCGCCCUCUCCAACUCUCUUCCUCUUAUCCACCACGUGGUGGACAAUAACGCCAUCUCUGAGCCUCGGUUCUCAUGCCCCCCCCACCCCCCUUGGUCACUCCCCGCACGCACGGGUGGUGGACGACAACUUAGUCAACACAUCCCUCCAUUUUCAUCCCGCUGCACCCUGCCUGCAUGCCCCUUUCUCUUAUCACCCAGGUGGUGGACUACAAUGCCAUCAACUGUCCCAUUGUCUCACCCCUCUCCACCCCCCUGUACCCCUAUGCACGCGCAGGUGGUGGACGACAAUUUGAUCAACCGGCGGGUGGCGGCGAGCACGCUGGCGCGGUACGGGGCGGAGGUGGCGCUGGCAGAGUCGGGCGAGGCGGCGCUGCGCCUGCUGCAGGUGCGCCACUCCUUCCGCCUCGUGCUCAUGGACCUCCACAUGCCGGCCCUCGACGGCUUUCAGACCACCGCCCGCCUGCGCGCCUUUGAAGGCCAAGCCCACACCGCCCACUUGGAAAUGCAUGGGGGGCAGGGGGCACAGGGGGAGCAGGGGGGACAGGCCGUUCCGGGGGGCCAGGGGACCCAAGACGUGCAGCCAAUGCCAGCAGUGCGGGAGAGCGGGGCAGAGGGUAGGGAGGGGGGCUGGCAGCAGUGGCAGCGCGUUCAUGUGGUGGCCAUGUCAGCAGAUGUGGACAGCACUGUUGUCGCCUGUGCCACAGAGGCUGGCAUGGAUGGUGCCGUGCAGAAGCCACUCAAUGAGAGACUGCUGCUGCAGGUGCUCUCAACACUGAAUGGUUGGUAA